AUGCGUCUCUUGUCGAAGGUCUGCGUUCCCGCGCUUGCGGUGGUCGGGUCAUUGGUUACGUCUAGACAUGCAGAGGACCAAUGUCGAUGCACAAUUCGUGAAUCUUGUUGGCCCUCUUCAAAAACCUGGGACUCGUUGAACUCUACGGUCAACAGACAUCUGAUCCGAUACAUCCCACCAGGUGCUGUUUGUUACAAGUCCCACCCUAGCUACAGUCCUACUGCCUGUGAUAGGGUCAUUAAACAAUGGCCUGAGUCAAAGUUCCACUCUAGCGACCCUGCCAGUCUACACACCGAAUGGGCCAACGCUAGCUGCACUCCAGUCUAUAAGAACGGAACCAGCAUCUACGGCAACGUAGAAGCUGGUGAGCGAGGUUGCUCAAGUGGAGCGCUUCCCGCCUAUAUUAUCAACGCUACUACGGUAAAUCAUGUUGCUGCAGCAUUAAAGUUUGCUGGUAGACAUAAUAUACGAUUGGUCAUCAAGAACACUGGCCAUGCUGGUAACGGAAGGAAUUUGGGAAAUAGUAGUUUGUCAAUCUGGACCCAUAACCUGAAGAGUAUCGAACUACGUCAAGACUUUAACCUGACUUGCCCCAACGCCCAAGACGCCCCAAGCCCUCGUAUGGCAGCCACCGUUGGUGCCGGUGUUCAAGACGGCGAGAUGUUUGAAUUCUUGGCAGCACAGAACGCGUUGGCGGUUGGCGGUACCAGCAAUGAUGUGGGAGUUGCCGGCUGGGCCACUGGAGGCGGCCACGGGUUUGCAACAGGAAAAUAUGGUCAGGGGGCGGAUAACAUCCUCGAGGCAGAGAUUGUCACACCAGCAGGCAACGUCCUAAUUGCCAACCAGUGUCAGAACCAGGAUCUCUUUUGGGCUAUUCGCGGCGGCGGCGGAGGCACAUUUGGUGUCAUUACAAAGCUGACCGUCAAGGCCUAUCACGCGCCGAAAGUGGUCAUAGGAGGCUAUGACAUCAAAGCCAAGAACCAGACCUCGGAAGACGAGUUCUACAAGUUCAUUGCAGAUGCCCAUACGCUCUUUCCUGCGAUUCAAGACGCUGGUAUCCAUGGUUAUUAUACCGUGACAGGUCCUCCUGAAGCUGAGGUGUUGACUUUAAGUGGAUCUUUCAUGGGAUUUGGCAUUUCUAACAAGACCUAUGACGAUGCUCUUGAGCCAUUCAGAAAAAUUCUUGCAGCAUCCAGCAGUAGGAUUAAUUGGUCUUUGACAAAGAUCCCAGUUAGCACUUGGCAGGGUCUGCUCAAGGUGUUGCCCGACAUUGGGAUAGUCAGCGCAGGCUACGGCAUCAGGGCCUCUCGAUUGAUCUCACGUCAGACAAUCACAGAAAAGAGACAAGAGUUUGCAGAUGUAUACAAGAAGAUCGGCCCUACUAAGGAGGCACCAUCGAAUGGCUUGCCUAACCUCUCUAUAUCCGGCACCCUCACCAUUAGCCCCAAGCCUGUCAACAACUCUUUACAUCCUUCCUGGCGAAAUGCGACCGUCCAUCUGAUCACAGGCCAAAGCUGGACUGACGCUACAAUGGACACUGACGUCAGAAAUAUUGUUCAUGAUAUGACAUUUAGAAAACUCGCAUUGCUGAAGGAACUGGAUCUUGCGCAAGGCGCCUACUUGAAUGAGGCAAACUCGAUCGAACCUGACUGGCAGUGGUCUUUCUGGGGACCAAACUACGCACGACUUCGUGAUAUCAAGGAGAAGUAUGAUCCUAAAGGCCUCCUGUGGUGUCCUCAGUGUGUUGGUAGUGAGGACUGGGUCCAGCGACAUGAUGGUAGACUUUGCCGAGCGUUUAACCCUUGGUAA